AUGUUGUGGUUUUGGUCUAUCGAUGAUGCGCCGACUGUAACAAUCGCUUCUGGCGUGGUCAUCGGCACAUUCACCAAGCCCAUCAAUCAACCUGAUUUAGCCGCCUCAGCCAACGCCUACCUAGGCAUUCCCUUUGCAAAGUCACCUCCAGAGCGGUUUUCACCACCCGAGCCGGCACAGCCAUGGUCUUCUCCGCUGAAAGCGCAGGCUAUAAAACCAGCAUGUAUACAGCAGUUUUCGGGCAAGAACCGAGACAAGGUCAUGGAAUUGUUCAACAAUCCGCUCUCUGACGCUCCCGAAGAGAGCGAGGAUUGCCUGUAUGUCAAUGUUUACACGCCGACUGGUGUGAAUUCGAGCAGUAACAAGGCUGUUAUGUUUUGGAUCUUUGGGGGUAACUUGGAAUUCGGCACGGGUGGACUGGACUACUAUGAUGGGAGCUCGUUGGCUAUCAACGAGGAUGUGGUCGUAGUCACGUUCAACUACCGCACAAACAUCUUUGGUUUCUCAAACUCCCCAGAGAUAGCAGUAGGAUCCCAGAACUCAGGCUACCUGGACCAACGCUUUGCUCUGCAGUGGGUGCAAGACAACAUUGCCAGUUUCGGCGGCGACCCUACGCGCGUCAUGCUAUUUGGAGAAUCAGCUGGCGGUGAAUCAGUGAAGCAAUUGCUCGCCAACCCACCCAAUCCACGCCCCUUUUCCUCUGCCAUUCUGCAGUCUCAGCAAGCUCUCAGUCGCAGCAACGGACUCACUAGCUACAAAAAGGUUCUCGCAAAGUUCAAUUGCAACGACAUCGCCUGCCUCCGUCUUGUUCCCGCCACCGAGAUAAAAACUUACAUUGAAUCCGAAUCCCUCAGCUUCCCCCCGGUAAACGGCGACGGCACAUCCGUCCGCGACGUCCGCCCCAGCAUUCUCACCCGCAAAUGGGCGCGUGUACCCACCCUCUUCGGCACCACGCUCAACGAAGCCCGCAUCUUCCUCGCGGUCCAAGGCCUCAACACGCGCACCAGCAACAGCACUGCCCUCGCCAUCGCCUUCGAGCAACUCAACCUCUCUGCCAACUCGACUGCCCACAACAACAUUUUCUCCAUCUACGCCACAAACGGCAUUACGAAUCCCUACGAACUCGCAGACCGCAUCCUCACAGACGCAACCUUCACAUGCACUACCUCCGCCCUCAGCAAUUUCCUCGCCCUAAACACAUACACCACGUACCGCUACCAGUACGCAGGCGUGUUUCCCUCCGCCAGCAUCUUCGACAACGCAGGCGCGUACCACUCGAGCGAGAACAUGCAGGUGUUUGGCACGUGGGCGGCUUCAAACCAGUUCGGAAAUGCAACGGACCAGCAGAUCAAGCUAAGUGCGUUCAUGCAGCGCACGUGGGCGGCGUUUGCCAAGGAUCCGCAGGCCGGUGUGGGGUGGCCGGCGGUUGGGCGUGCUUGGGGCAAGGAAUUGGGUAUGUUGGGAAAGGGGGAGAGUGAGGGCGUGACGGUGGAGAACAGGAUGACGACGGAUUCGGUCUGUGGCUUGUAUCGCGGUAUUGGAGAGCUUUCGGGGCUGUUUUGGUAG